GAACUGUGUCUGGGUCAGCUCGGUCUGUCAUCUCAGACAGUCAGAGAGAGCGAGAGAGACACAGACGGCACGCAGGCAGCAGGAUAGAGGAGGUAUGUCAGAGGAUGUGGUUUCCCUGAGCUUGCAGAACAUUGCACAGACAUACUUUGAGCAUGACCUAACGGCAGCACGCAAAGUGUGUCUUCUGCGCUCCGUCAGCUGCCUGCCGCAGGAGGACUGAUCCGCUCGGGGAUCCUCGCUUCUUGUUACAUCCAAAGGGAAUCGUACCAGCACUCUCACUUCUUCUUCUUUCUCCGCCGGACGGUGGAUCGCUGGCUCAAACUUGCAGCGUCUGUGUGUCGACACCUUCACAACAGGCUUUAGUGCGCAGUCGUUCUGCAGAAAUGGGCUGCGGCUUGAGGAAGUUCCGUCAGACGGAAGACAACAGUCCGGGAAAGAUUUACUCCACCCUCAAGAGACCGCAGGUGGAGACCAAGAUCGGGGUCGCCUUCACGUACCAGCACUUGGACUUCCUGGUGGGGAAAGACAAUGGGACGUCCACGCUGUGUCUGUCCUCGGUGAGGGAGCUGCCGUCUCAGCUGCAGGAUCUCUACCAGCAGGGCUUCAUCCUAACAGCUGUGCACCCCUUCGUCCACCCGUGCGGCCCCGAGCCCGCCAGCGUCCAGCGCCAGCUCUACCGGGCAGUGCUCAUCAAAGUCUCUGACAGCUGGGAGAAGAAUCCGGCAGACUUUGAGCCAUACCAUCUAAAGCUGGAGGAAUGUAUGUCUGCGGACCAGAUUCCCACUACGGAACACAUCCAAGGCUACGUGAAGAAAAUCCAGGAUGCUGCGGAUCAGGGCAUCAUGUUUGUGGGCUUCAUCCAGGAGCCAGCUGGCCUCCGCCCACACGUGCCACGGCACGGAGAACCGGAGGAACCCUCCCUCUCCCUGCACUCCAGCCCCAGCUCGCUGCACGGCUCCGGGCUCACGCCCAGCCCCAGUCCCCUGGAGGAGCCGGAGCUGGGAGACGAGUCUGGAGCGGAGAACGAAGGGAAAGACGGGGGAGGUGAGGCUCUGACAGAGGGCGUGAAAGCUUCUGAAGGUGGAGAAGGAGAUGAUGUCUCUGUUGAGACAUCAGCCAUGUUGAAAUCAGGAUCUGGUGAAACACAGCAAGGAGAUACACUGACACACAACAACAACGACACGGCCAAAAACAAAGACACGAGCGAGAAAGCCCUGACGAAGAGUGGUGCCGAGCUCUUUGGAUUGUUUAACUACCCGGGUCGCCGCGAGGGUCAGUUUAAGUACUACACGGUUAAAGUGCCUCUACGAGUGCAACCGCAGGGCGAGGGCAUCUGUACUUUGGAGGCGAACUGGCUCGAUCACAUGACUCAACAUUUCAACAACGGAGCUUCGCUAGUGGACGGAUACUUUCAGCUGGCCAAUGACAGCGGUGAGUUAGUGGUGAUGCUUCUGAAAUGCAAAGAAUUAUGCAUUGACGUUUGUUCACACUAGAUGUCAUUUCUCUUAUUGUGAAAAUACCAUGAUGCAGUGAUAACAUCAGUAAACCGUGAGACUUCGAUAUACACCAGGGUUCAUUCUUUUUGAUUAUAUAAGAUUUUAUAUUAUAUGACAAUAUUAUAUACAUGCACUUGCAAAGUAUUUCAUAGACAAAAUACUACAUGGUGCUAGAGUUCAAAAACAACAUUGUAUUACCAUAUUUUGUAAAAUGUAAUUAAAAAGUGGAAUACAUUUCAAAAUGAUAUGCAUAAAAAUGCAAAAUUGAUUAAAAACGUUUUAAAAAUGGAAUAUAUCACUAAAUAAAUAAUAAGAAGAAGAACGACAAAAAUAAUAAAAUGCAUAAAAUAAAAUUCUGAAUAUUAGAUUUCUUGAUAAAAGUAAUACAUAAGGAAAAUAUAUUAAAAAGUGGAAUAAACUAAACUUAAUUAAUUCCAAAAUGGGAUGCACACACAAAAAAAUUGACUAAAUUAAUACAUUUUAAAAAUUAAAUAACUAAAUUAAAAUAAAUGAAUAAAAAUAAAAAACAAAUCUUGAAUACCACCUUUUACCAUGUUUUGUAAAAUGUAAUUAAAAAGUGGAAUACAUUUAAAAAUUAUAUGCACAAAAAUGCAAAAUUGACUAAAAAUGUUUUAAAAAUGGAAUAUAUCACUAAAUAAAUAAUAAGAA